AUGGUUGUCCGUUGGGGAAUCUGCUCUGCUGGGAAAAUCAGUCACGACUUCACAGUGGCGUUGAAGACUCUUCCUCCUGAAGAACACCAGGUGGUUGCUGUGGCAGCGCGUGACUCAAAGCGAGCAGAAGAGUUCGCCAAGAAACACUGCAUCCCUAAAGCGUACGGCAGCUAUGAGGAUCUGGCCAAAGAUCCUGAGAUAGAUGUGGUGUAUGUCGGCACCAUCCAACCCUAUCAUCACCCAGUAGGAAUCCUCUUCCUCAAUGCUAAGAAGAACGUUCUGUGUGAGAAACCACUAGCCAUGAAUCUGAGAGAAGUGAAGGAGCUGGUGUCUGCAGCAAGGACUAAUAACGUCUUCUUGAUGGAAGCUGUGUGGACACGCUUCUUUCCUGUCUCGAUGGAGAUCUCCAGGUUGCUGGCACAGGAAGCAAUAGGGGAGGUGAAGCUGGUGAGAGCGGACCUUGGGGAAGACCAGAACACCACCCCUCGCUUUGUGGAGAAGGAGCUGGGAGGAGGUGCACUGCUCAACCAUGGCAUCUACUGCUUGCAGUUUGUCCUCAUGGUGUACGAUGGGGAGAAACCUGAGAGCGUCCAGGCUACUGGAGUCUGUCUAGACACAGGAGUGGAUGAGAGCAUGAUGGUCAUGCUGAAGUUCUCUUGGGGACGAUUAGCAGUGUGUACAUGCACAUCAGCUGUGAAUCUUCGAAACGAAUCCGUAAUCUUUGGGACUAAAGGAACUAUUCGGGUCCCUGAUCAUAUGUGGUCUCCCACAUCCCUGACUGUAAAUGGGAAAGAAACUCACUACCCAGUACCUGAGCCAUACCUGCCUCUCAACUUCAAAAACAGCACUGGUUUGAGAUACGAGGCUGAGGAAGUGAGUCAGUGUCUCUUCAAAGGACUGAAGGAAAGUCCCUGGAUGUCUCACUCGGAUUCGGCUCUGCUGGCUGAGAUAAUGGAUGAAUGCAGGAGGCAAGUCGGAGUGGUGUACAGCCAAGACCUCCAGUAA